GCAUCUCCCUCUCUCUCCCUCUCUCGCUCUCUCUCCCUCCCUCUCUCUCGCUUGCUUGCAUCCCUCCGUAUAAUCCACAUCUAGGGCAAGCAGGCUGAGAGUCAAUCCAGUGCUCAGCUCCUCUCUGCAGGCUGGGAAAAGAGUGAGAGAAAGAAGGCAAGAAAACGCUUCCCAAAUCAGGAGGAAACGCAGAAGGAAGAAAUCUGGCAAGCAGAGACAUACAGAGGAAGAUUUGAUCACGGAUAUCAUUUAUAUAUAUAGAAAUUGUUUAUUUAUAUAUAUAUUUGUACACACGCAUAUCAAUAUUUAUAGAAAUAUAUGUAUACAUAUAUACCUGUAUAUAACUGUAUUUGUGCUUGUCUGUUUAUAUCAAUAUUUUUAUAUGUAUUUGUGUGUGUGUAAAUAUAUACAUAUAUAAACAAAUGAAUAUACAUAUCUAUGAAUUUAUAUACAUAUCACUGUGAACCAACAGAAGCAAGAAGAGAACUCGACCAUCGGGGCUGGUCUCUGAUUCCGAGAUCAUACACAUUAUUUUUAUUAUAUUUCCAAACCUUUUGCAUCGACUGGAGGAAGACCACCAAGCUUUUUCUAUUUUUCAUUGCCCUGUUGCUACCUCCUCGUCUCAUCUUUUUCUCGAUUGGGAGGAACAAAGAGGAGGAUAACAGGGUUUGUGAAGAUUCCUGCUGCCGUUCUGUGAGCCGAGCUGCACUGCGCGCUGCGUUUGAUCUGAGCAGGCAGCAGCAGCAGCAGUGAGAUAGAAAGAGACAGAGAGCGCUGCACCGCGUGAACUAGCCAGCAUGCACAAACAUCACCACUGCUGCAAGUGCCCAGAAUGCUAUGAAGUGACCCGCAUGGCCGCCCUGCGCAGGAUGGACGCCCCGGCAUAUGGAGAGUGGCAGCCCGAACCCUACGGAUACCCGGCUGGCUAUGGAGGCGGCCAGACCUUACCGCCUCAAACCUCGGGCGGAGGAGGGGGAAUGGGUGGAGGGGGUACAUUGGGAAGAAGUAAAGGGAAAAUGAUGUCAGCUGGGGGUCCUGGAGGCCCCAACCCCAAGAGCCAAUCCAAGGGCGGCCCCAAGGUGAACGGUAACAACUCAGGAGGGCAAGCAGGAUGGUGGCCCGAAUGCACCUGUUCCAACCGGGAUUGGUACGACCAGGCAAACCCUCCCCCCAUCAUUGUGAACGCAGACUCACUGGAUGCAGGCCCUUAUGUGAAUGGGAGUGAUGGCAUGUAUAAAUAUGAAGAAAUCAUUUUGGAAAGGGGCAACUCUGGCCUCGGGUUCAGUAUUGCUGGAGGUGUGGAUAAUCCACACAUUCCUGAUGAUCCAGGAAUCUUCAUCACCAAGAUUAUCCCAGGUGGUGCCGCCGCCAUGGAUGGGAGACUAGGGGUAAAUGACUGUGUUCUGCGGGUGAAUGAUGUGGAUGUGUCAGAGGUUGUGCACAGCAAGGCAGUAGAGGCUUUGAAGGAGGCCGGCCCAGUGGUCAGGUUGCUGGUACGCAGAAGACAGGCUCCUCCUGAGACCAUUUUGGAGGUCAACCUACUUAAAGGGCCUAAAGGUCUUGGCUUCAGUAUUGCUGGUGGUAUAGGCAACCAGCACAUCCCGGGCGACAACAGUAUCUACAUCACAAAGAUCAUCGAAGGUGGGGCGGCACAGAAAGAUGGACGUCUGCAGACAGGCGAUCGCCUACUGGCUGUGAAUAACAUUAUACUUCAGGAUGUGCGUCAUGAGGAGGCUGUGGCCGCCCUGAAGAACACUUCAGACAUGGUCUAUCUGAAAGUGGCCAAGCCGGGACCAGUACAUCUCAACGACAUGUACGCCCCACCAGACUACUCUAGCAGUCUCGGCCUCCCUCCAGCCUUCCCCACCAUGGUGGACAACCACGUCGGACACAACUCCAGCAUGGCCUACAUGGGAGGCAUGGAGCCUAAACCAGUGUACCCACCGCCCCAGGUCACCCCCUCGAGGUACUCCCCAGUCCCACGCCACAUGCUGGGGGAGGAGGACUUCACCAGGGCCGAGCCCAUUUACAGUGCCAUCCACAAACCUCAUGGGGACACCAGCCCUCCCUCCCCCCAUCUGUGCAGCAGGGGGUCUGGGGAUGUGGGUUGCAGCCCCACCCCACCUGCUCUGUGUCAAAGCCUGGUCCCGUACACCGGCAGGGAGCCGCGGAAGAUCCUGCUGCACAAGGGUUCCACAGGUUUGGGAUUCAACAUUGUGGGCGGCGAGGAUGGAGAGGGCAUCUUCGUGUCUUUCAUCUUGGCAGGUGGGCCAGCCGACCUGAGCGGAGAGCUGAGGAGAGGAGACCGCAUCCUGUCGGUGAAUGGUGUAAACCUGCGCAAUGCUACCCAUGAGCAGGCUGCUGCUGCACUGAAGAGGGCUGGACAGACGGUGACCAUCAUUGCCCAGUACAGACCAGAAGAAUACAGUCGUUUUGAGUCCAAGAUCCACGACUUGAGGGAGCAGAUGAUGAACAGCAGCAUGAGCUCUGGCUCUGGCUCCCUCCGCACCAGUGAGAAACGCUCCCUCUACGUCAGGGCUCUUUUUGACUACGACAGGACAAGGGACAGUUGCCUCCCUAGCCAGGGCUUGAGUUUCUCCUAUGGUGACAUCCUGCAUGUCAUCAAUGCCUCCGAUGAUGAGUGGUGGCAGGCACGGCUGGUUACACCCCAUGGGGAGAGUGAGCAAAUUGGGGUCAUACCAAGCAAGAAAAGGGUGGAAAAGAAAGAGCGUGCACGGUUAAAAACGGUCAAGUUCCACGCAAGGACGGGCAUGAUUGAGUCCAACAGGGAGAUGUUUGGCAGAAUGAACGACAUAAGGUCAGUCAAAGUGAAGCGCAAAAAAAGCUUCAACCUAUCACGCAAGUUCCCGUUUUACAAGAGCAAGGAGAAUAUAGUGCAGGAGUUGGUGGAGACUGAACAAUGCUUGACGUCCAACACCAGUGACAGUGAAAGCAGCUCCAAGGGUCAGGAAGACACAAUUCUAUCAUAUGAGCCAGUAAUUCGACAGGAGAUCCAUUACACAAGGCCUGUGAUUAUCCUGGGUCCAAUGAAGGACAGAGUAAACGAUGACUUGAUCUCAGAGUUUCCCCACAAGUUUGGAUCCUGCGUCCCACAUACAACUCGUCCUCAGCGAGAGAAUGAGAUGGACGGCCAGGACUACCACUUUGUGGCUUCAAGGGAGCAAAUGGAGAAGGACAUUCAGGACAACAAAUUUAUCGAGGCCGGCCAGUUCAAUGAGAAUCUGUAUGGGACCAGCAUCCUGUCUGUCCGGGCAGUGGCUGAAAGGGGAAAACACUGUAUCCUGGAUGUGUCUGGGAACGCCAUAAAGCGACUGCAGCAAGCACAGCUCUAUCCAAUCGCCAUUUUCAUCAAGCCAAAAUCUGUGGAGGCCCUAAUGGAAUUGAAUAAGAGGCAGACAUAUGAGCAAGCCAAUAAAGUCUUUGAUAAGGCAAUGAAGCUCGAACAAGAGUUUGGAGAGUAUUUCACAGCCAUAGUCCAGGGUGACUCACUAGAUGAGAUCUAUAAUAAAAUCAAGCUGAUCAUAGAGGAGCAGUCAGGCCCUUACAUCUGGAUCCCGUCCGCAGAGAAGCUCUGAGCUCGCCGCCUUUACGGAGCCCCCCACCUGACCCCGCACCCACUCCCACCCGACACCUUUCCUUCCCUUUCACUGAUAUGUUUCAAAUCAAGUUUUAGUGUCAUCAUUAUGUUAUCCUCAAUUGAAAGACGUCUUAUCAUCAUUACUGUGACUGUGCACACCCCUGCAUGAGUUUCUCAGCAAUUCCAUUCAAGAUUGGAAAUGCCAUUCCUAAAGAAAUUUUUUGUCAUGUAAAACAAAAAAGGGAAACCUGAGCGAAUCCUUUCGUGCAUUUCGGAUGGACUUGAAGAUGAGAAUGUCACACUGAAGUGAGAACGGGGAGCCGGGGAUUUGGAGAUGGUGGCACGAGCGGGAACCUUGUAUAUGUUCAUUCGAUUUCAUGGAAAAAGACAUUCGAGGAUGCUGUGUGAGGUUUUUUAUGAGGACUAAGUACAGUUCAAACCUGCUGAUGGUACAGUCACUGCUCGCAUUUCUAACGGAUAAACUUCAAAACAGAACUCACAAACCAGCUCGCUUUACUCGAUCGGCUGCCUGGCCGUUUGUAUGGCGAUGCGUUCGGAGGCAGAACAAAAUGGAAAACGGGGUUUGAGUCUAUACAUUUCUAUUACUGAAAUCACAUGGAAAAUAAAAACCCUACGGAGAGAUUUUACUACAUAAUACAAAAUGAUACGGUACACAUUUUACACUUCACUAGAAUUGUCUACUCUGAGGGCUGUUAGAUUUCAUUUACUUGUCUUUGGGUUUUUGUGUUCUUUCUUUCUUGUGGUUUUAGCUGCUCUGUAUUAAAGAUGGGGGUAGAGAGGUGUAACUGGGCUCUCUGCAGACCACCAAACUGCCUUACGAUGAAUAAACACUUCUGUCAAAUUCCUAUCAAUCUUGGGGGAGAGGGGGAAUGACAAUAUUCAACCUAUCAGUGCUUGGAGGGAGACUCGAUUUUACUGCUAUUUGUGAGUUUCCCAUCAUCCUAUUGGAGGCCUAACUUGUGAGUGCAAUAGACUUAAGUGUCUUACCUCUGUGAAAUCCUUUUUUGCAAAGCUUUUUUUGUCUUAAGCAAAAUCCAAUUUUGGCCACCAUUGAAGUUGUUGAAAAGCAGACAGCCCACUUGCACUUCCUCUGCCUUCCAUGACUAUAUUCUCUUCAGACUGAACGGUAACAAGGUACUGUCCUGUUAGCUGCCCAGGAGCGCAGCCUUAAAACGGGUAAAAUCAAGACAAUAAUUGUAUUGGAUGUCCUUCUUGAUAUUAAAGCGUUAGUGGAGCCUGAAAUUGACCGUUUUCCCCAGAACUCGACGAUGGUUUGAUUAAAUCUGUUCUUUGUAAUGAAAGCUUUUAAACGAUUUUUUUUUCUUCUGCUCCUUCAUUUCUGGGCUGAUGUUUACUCCACUGUGUUGAGCCUUGUGCUGGGAUGAGCUUGGCGAGCUCAGGAAUCUGAUGGAUAAUUACUACAAUUUAUUUUACACUACUAAAGGGCCGCGAUCAUAUUGUGAUGGAAUAGAGUAUGAACUCAAAGGGAUGAUUUUCUCUCCUCUAACUGAACACCCAGACAUGCUGAUAUAUUAUACUUGUGUAUUCUAAAUAUUUAGUCCUCCUCUUUUUUUUUUUUUUUUUUUUUUUUUUUUUUUGAAACACUUUGUAAGCACUAUGUCUGUGGUCGCCCUUGGGUUCAGCCGGAGAGAACGGGAUUGCGACGGAACAGGAUACAGAAGUACAGUACUUCCUUCGAUCUUUCUUUCUGUAUCAAGAAGUCUGGAUCCCGCAGGAAGUGAGGGAAGUUCUUGGGCCCACUCUCUUCCUCCCGCCCCGCAGGCAUUUUCUAAACAGGUGCGCUCACCUGCCAAGCGUCUCUGCGAAAUCAGCUGUCAUACCUGUGUCAAAAUCAGAGUUCAGGGAAUAAUCGAAGGGAACAGAGCCAUUUAUAAACUGCUUACAGACUGUUUUAAUGGGUAUGAUAGCUGUAAAGUGUAAAUAUCCCCCUCACUUGUGCUUCAUGCAUGUGUGAUACAACUGGGACAAACAUGUUUUAUAAAACACAAAUGUCAGGUAAGUAAACCUUGAAUUUAUUCUGAGAUUAAUUUCCAUACAAAUGUGCCGUAACGUUGGUAUUUCUCUAUAGAAAAAAAAUAUCUUCAGCUGCCUAUCAGAACAUUUUUUUAGUGAGUCGGGAACCAGCUUCUCUACAACACGGCCUGUCUACUUGUGAUAUCUUGUGGAACUUGUCUGAGUAUAUAGAUGAAAAACAAAUGUAAAAAUAUAUAUAUAAAUAUAAAUAUAUAAAAAGACAUGCAGACAGCAACCCAUAGAUUGAUAUUAAAGUAAACCAGGAGCUUAAAUGACUCAUUUUAGCAUAGAUAUGGUCCACUGAGGUGACGAGAGGAAAAGGAACUGACCGUUCGCACUGUUGAUGCCGGUCAGCCGUGUUGGUGAAGCCCAAAGAAUUUUGAUUCAUUGUACUAUAUUUCUAAAGAAGUGGAUUGAAUCAGAACAGCUCUGGUGUACUAAUGAGUGUCUCUGCUCUGGAAGGCACGAGCGUGAAAUGGGGAGGGAAUGGGUCUGAUUUGUCUUUUUGAGUGAUUAUGAGUUUUUGAUGUGACAGCACACCUGUGCAGUAAGUGCUUGCAAAUAUGAACCCUUUGAUUGUACAGUAGUGUCCUCCCCAAGAUUACAGGUGGUACAACCCAUCAGGACACAAGGAAAACUGCUCUUUUAUAUCCUGGUCAAGAAGGAACACAGUCCUACCGAUUAUUAUUAUUUUGGUUUCGUUUUGUUUUUUCUUUUUUUGGACUGGACAAGAGUUUAUUUGUUUGGAAAUAAACUAUGUGACUCUGUUACGAUUUCAA